AUGUCAGCUCUCACAGAUCCAAACCACCAAAUACAAGACGUGGAGAAGGACUCGGAACCGCCAGAGUCGUCUUCCCAGAAUGGUUCCUCCGCCGAGUCGGAGGAGACGGGCAGGACCGUGCGUGGUCUCCGCUGGCUCGUCGUCUGUGUCGCUCUCUACAUCACCUGUUUCUUGUACGGGCUCGAUACGACCAUUGCCGCCGACGUGCAAGGCCCGGUGAUCGAGGCGUUUGGCCGGGUCCAGCAGCUCGCCUGGAUUGGGGCCGGCUUCCCUUUGGGUUCCGUGUGUGUCAUCUUGUUGCUGGGCACGCUGUUCAGCACCUUCAACAUGAAAUGGGUCUAUAUCACCACCGUCGUGCUGUUUGAGGUCGGCUCGGCCCUCUGUGGCGCUGCCCCAAACAUGAAUGCCUUGAUUGUCGGCCGGGUCAUUGCCGGGGCGGGCGGCAGCGGCAUCUAUCUCGGCUCCUUGAAUUACUUUGCCGUCAUGACCGUCGAGAAGGAACGCGGCUUUUACAUGGCACUCAUCGGCGUGUCCUGGGGUCUCGGGGCCGUCUUGGGGCCGGUGAUUGGGGGUGCGUUUUCCGUUUCAUCGGCCACCUGGCGCUGGGCCUUCUACAUCAAUCUGGUCAUCGGCGGCGUCUCGGCCCCAGCCUUCGUCUUCUGCCUCCCGGCCAUCGACCCCAUGCCCGGCACGCCGCUGCGGAAACGCCUAGGGUAUAUUGAUUUCGCCGGCUUCGUCCUGGGCGCUGGCACGUGGGUCAGUUUCCUCAUGGCCUUCACCAUGGCCGGCGCCCAAUGGCCCUGGAAGGACGGGCGAACCAUUGCCACCUUUGUGGUGUUUGGCCUCGUUCUCGUGGCAUAUGUCUUGCAGCAGUACUUCGCCGUCUUGACCACCCCCAGCCGGCGCGCGUUCCCGGGACACCUCCUGCGCAGCCGCACACAGGUGCUCCUAUACGUCGUCACGGCCGCAGGCACCACCACCCUGUUUGUGGUCGUCUACUACAUCCCCAUCUACUUUCAGUUUGUGAAUAGCGACGGCGCGCUGAUGGCUGCUGUGCGGCUCCUCCCAUUCGUUGUCAUCGGCGUGACCGUGAACCUGGUGUCGAACACCUUCCUCCACUUCAUCAAGGUCUACAAGGUCUUGUACAUCAUCGCCGGGGUGUUUUUGGUCGCUGGCGGCGGGCCUUUGAUGGUGUACCUCGAUCCCACCACGUCUACUGGCACCAUCUACGGACUGACGAUUAUCGUCGCGGUGGGCACGGGUCUGUCGAUGGUGAUGGGGUAUACCGUCGCCACGCUGACCCUCAAGCCGGAGGACACCGGCGCGGGCCUCAAGAUGCAGAAUGUCUCCCAGAUCGGCGGCCAGGUAAUUGCGCUCGCUGUCGCCGGGCAGAUCUACCAGUCCGAGGUGAUACAGAAACUGUCUGCGGCUCUGGCUGGGCAGGGCUUUUCCCAAGAGGCCAUUCAGGGGGCUACGGCCGGCGCACAGAGCCCGUUGUUUGAGACUUUGAACGGGGAGCUGCGGGAGAAGGCUAUUCAGGCGGUCACCGAGGCUAUGCAGAUGACGUUUGUUUUGGUUCCUGUUGCUGGAGGGGUGAUGUUGCUGGCGGCUUUGGGUAUGAAGUGGGAGAGGCUGUUUGGAAAAGCGGUUGCUGUUGGUGCGUAG